GGCAGAUUUAAAGUUUUCAGUUUGUUUUCAAGAUAUCAAAACUUUUCCAUCAUAAUGCAAGUCGCCUGUUUGUCAAGGAUACUUUUUAUUUGCCUCGCCCUUUUUGUUGUAAAUGACGCAAAAAAGGACCAAUGUUGUGCAAAUGACGUGUUGCAUAAAAGUAUUAAUUACCAGUUCGAUUUGAUCGACGAAAAUGCAGGAUGUGGUCGCGCGAGUUCAGGUGAAGAUAAGACAGCAUUUUUGGCCCGAUUGGAGAAAAACUUAUCUAGUCUUUCAAAGCAUUCCACUCUGAUAUUCCAGACCGUCCUUACUAAUGUUGGAGAUGGAUACAACCCCUCGCAUGGAGUGUUUACAAGUAAGCGUAAAGGUGCAUACUUCUUUUCUUGGACCACUUUGACUAAGAUAGGAAACAUGUUUCCAACAGAAAUUGUACUGAAUGGUAACCAAGUAGGGGUAAGAAACCAUGGGUAUGGGAAUAGGCAUUCUGACCAUAACCAGCCAUCUACACAAAAUGCAGUUGUUGCAAUGCAAAAAGGAGACAGGGUCUGGAUCAGGGCCUCAAUAGAUAAUGGAUACUGCUUUGCAGAUCAGUGGACCAGCUUCUCUGGAUUCGAAACAUGAAUAGUUCAAUAAACCCGUAUGGUUAAUAUAAAUCUUGUAUAUAUUUAUUUAUAACC